AUGGGCAAACGCAUCGUCUUCACCGGAGGCUCAGGCAAGGCCGGCCGGCACUGCAUCCCCUACCUCCUCUCCAAAGGCCACCAGGUCCUGAACCUGGAUCUGAACCCGCUGCCAAACCCCGACGGCGUCGGCCUCAAUCCCGACGUCUUCACGCUGAAAUGCGACGUGACCGACAGCGGGCAGGUCUUCAACGCCCUGACGUCGCACUUCCACAUGGGCGAGUAUGAGAUCGAGCGGGACCUGGGCAAGGAGUCGCCUACCAUCCUGCCGGACGCGGUCAUCCACUUCGCUGCGUACGCGCGCAACAUGAUCGUGCCGGACAAUGAGACCUUCCGCGCCAACGUCGUCAGCACGUACAAUGUCAUCGAAGCAGCGUGCAAGCUGGGCAUCAAGAAGAUCAUCAUCGCCAGCUCCGAGACGACGUAUGGCGUCUGCUUCACGCAGGGCGACUCGGAUUACCACUCGUUCCCGCUCGAGGAGGACUACGAUGUCGACCCGAUGGACUCGUACGCGCUGAGCAAGCUCUGUGGCGAGAAGACUGCGCGGACGUUUGCCCGGCGCUUCAAUGCCGAUAUCUAUGCCCUGCGUAUCGGCAACGUUAUCGACCCGCAGCAGUACACGCAGGACUUCCCCAGCUUCGUCAAAAACCCAGAAACCCGCAAGCGAAACGCCUGGAGCUAUAUCGACGCGCGGGACCUGGGGCAGAUCUGCCACCUGUGUGUGGAAAAGGACGGCUUAGGGUUCCAGGUGUUCAAUGCAACGAAUGAUACCAUCACGACAGAGAUUCCGACGGAGGAGGUGCUCAAGAAGUACUGUCCUAACGUUCCCAUUACGAGGAAGAUGGGAGAAUGGGAGGCGCCUCUCAGUAAUCGAAAGAUCAGAGAAGUGCUGGGUUUUAAGGAGGAGCAUAACUGGAGAAAGUACGUUAAACUUAGCUGA